UCCUCGCCCGCUCUGCCUCCGCCGCCCAAACUUUUCUGCGGGCGCGUCUCCGCGCGGCGGCUGCCUGCCUGCCCGCCCGCCCCCGGCUCAUGGGCGCCCCGCCUCAGGGGGCCUGACCCUCGCGCCGGGUCCCCCGGCCGAGCCAUGGAGGCCCGCGCGUCCCCCGCCGCACCUGCGGCCGAAGAGCCGGGGGGCCCGGGCGGCCCCCCGCGCAAGAAGAAGUCUCGCUCCGGCGUGUCCGGCCUCCGCCGCGCCUUCAGCUGGCUGCGGGGCAAGCGGCGCAAGAAGGCGGCAGGGACCGAGGGCGCCGAACCGGCCGCCCCCCGGGCCAAGAAGGCGGACGACAAGGCCAGGAGGGCCAAGGGUAAAGGCCGAGCAGGCUCUGCCAAGGCUGAGAGCGACAAACGACUAAGUGUGGGGCCAGGCCAGGGGCUAGGGUCUGCAGUGGAUGAGCACCAGGACAAUGUCUUCUUCCCCAGUGGGCGACCGCCUCACCUGGAAGAGCUGCACACGCAGGCCCAGGAGGGGCUCCGUUCCCUCCAGCACCAAGAAAAACAGAAACUGAACAAGGGUGCCUGGGACCAUGGAGACACCCAGAGCAUCCAGUCCUCCCGGACCGGGCCAGAUGAUGAUAGCAUCUCCUUCUGCAGCCAGACCACGUCCUACACAGCUGAGAGCUCCACGGCAGAGGAUGCUCUCUCCGUCCGCUCUGAGAUGAUCCAGCGCAAAGGCUCCACCUUCCGACCGCAUGACUCAUUUCCCAAAUCAUCUGGAAAGUCAGGACGGCGACGGCGGGAGCGGCGGAGCACGGUGCUGGGACUGCCACAGCACGUGCAGAAGGAACUCGGCCUGCGGAAUGAACGUGAGGCACCAGGUACUCCUCGGCCUCCUGGUCCACGGGACGCUGUCCGCAUCCCCACGGUGGACGGCCAUCCGGCGGGCCCGGCCUCAGGGCCAGGGGCCAGGGUGUCCCUGCAGGCGCUGGAGGCGGAGGCCGAAGCCGGUGCCCAGGCAGAGGCCAUGCUGCAGCGCCACAUCGACCGCAUUUACCGGGAUGACACGCUCGUUGGCCGGUCCACGGGGGCCCGGCCCUUGCCACUGACCCGGCCCAUGUCCCUAGCAGUGCCCGGACUGACCGGAGGGGCAGGGCCUCCAGAACCCCUGAGCCCGGCCAUGUCCAUCUCGCCCCAGGCCACCUACUUGUCGAAACUGAUCCCGCACGCCGUGCUGCCGCCCACAGUGGAUGUGGUGGCCUUGGGCCGCUGCAGCCUGCGCACGCUGAGCCGCUGCAGCCUGCUCUCAGCCAGCCCGGCCUCCAUCCGCUCGCUGGGCCACUUCUCCUCGGUCUCCAGCCCGCGACCCCGCAGCCGCCACCCUUCCUCCUCCAGUGACACCUGGAGCCACUCUCAGUCCUCUGAGACCAUUGUGUCUGACGGCUCCACCCUCUCCUCUAAGGGUGGCUCAGAGGGCCAGCCAGAGGGCUCUGUGGCCAACAGUAACGUGGCGCCCCCUCCCCUGGGGGGCAGCGGGCGGGGCUCUCCCAGCGGGGGCAGCACUGCCGAGGCCUCGGACACUGUCAGCAUUCGGAGCGGUGGCCAGUUGUCCGGCCGGAGUGUGUCCCUACGUAAGCUGAAGCGGCCCCCGCCACCUCCCCGCCGGACCCACUCGCUCCAUCAGCGCAGCUCAGCAGCACAUGAUGGGCCCCUGGGGCUACCUCCUAAGCCCGAGCGGAAGCAGCAGCAACAGCUGCCCCGGCCUCCCACCACUGGCGGGUCAGAAGGGAUGGGGGCAGCACCCUGUCCAUCCAGCUCAGCAGGCAGCUGGGUGCCUGGCUUGUCUCCAGGUGGCUCCCGGCGUCCCCCACGCUCCCCAGAACGGACACUCUCACCCUCCAGUGGAUACUCGAGCCAAAGUGGUACCCCAACCCUGCCUCCCAAGGGUCUAACAGGGGCCCCUGCUUCCCCAGGCAAGGCCCAACCCCCUAAACCAGAGCGUGUCACUUCCCUUCGAUCUCCCGGGGCCUCCGUCUCCUCCUCCCUCACGUCUCUAUGUUCCUCCUCCUCUGAUCCGGCACCCUCAGACCGCUCUGGUCCGCACGUGUCGACCGCCCUGGGUGACAGGUUUGUCAUACCUCCUCACCCCAAGGUGCCUGCCCCCUUCUCCCCACCUCCCUCUAAGCCCAAGAGCCCAAACCAAGCUGCCCCUGCUCCAGCUGCCCCUGCUUUGGUCCCUGGGCCCAUCUCUACCACUGCUGCCAGCCCUGAGUCCCCACCUACUCCCCAGACAUCCCUAACCCCACCUCAGGCAUCUCCCGGUGCCUCCAAAGACCAGUCACCCCCACCAUCCCCACCCCCAUCUUAUCACCCACCCCCCCCACCCACUAAGAAGCCAGAGGUGGUUGAGGAGGCCCUGUCUGCUCCGGGGACUGCUGAGGAGGCCCUCCAAGAUCCCAACUGGCCCCCACCCCCGCCUCCUGCACCGGAGGAGCAGGACCUGUCUAUGGCCGACUUCCCUCCACCCGAGGAGGCCUUUUUCUCUGUGGCUGGCCCUGAGCCUGCAGACCCUUCACGCCCCCCGGAGCCCUCCUUAGCUACUGUCUCUUUCCAGAGCCAGCCCCGUGGUACCCCAGAUCUUCCUCCAGCUCUGCCAGCCCCAUCUGCUGCUGGUUCUGUCCCAGGGCUUCAUGCCAAGGUCCCUCGGAGGGAACCGGGGGGCUGCAGCAAGGGUGGCGGCCUUCCCAGGGAGGAUGCUGGUGCACCCCUGGUCACACCCUCACUCCUGCAGAUGGUUCGGCUGCGCUCUGUAGGCACUCCCACAGUGGCUCCGACUCCAGCGUCAGGGCCGUCGGCCCCCCAGAAGCCACUGCGAAGGGCCCUGUCAGGGCGGGCCAGCCCAGCGCCUGCCUCCUCAGGGCUCCACGCUGCUGUUCAGCUCAAGGCCUCCAAUCUGGCUGCCAGCGUGGGCCCUGUGAGUGACCAGCCCAAUGGACCACCUGAGGCAGAGCCGCGGUCCCCUGCCUCUACGGCCAGCUUCAUCUUCUCCAAGGGCACCAAGAAGCUGCAGCUGGAGCAGCCCGUGUCCCCUGAGACCCAGGCUGACCUCCAGCGGAACCUGAUAGCUGAACUUCGGAGCAUCUCAGAGCAACGGCCACCCCAGGCCCCAAAGAAGCCACCUAAGGCCCCCCCACCUGUGGCCCGCAAGCCUUCUGGGGGAGCCGCCCCCCCCACCUCCCCCAGCUUUCCUCGGGCUGAGCCCCUUCCUGCUCCUCCCACCAACGGGCUCCCCCAUGCCGAGGACAGGACUAAGGAGGAGCUGGCAGAGAAUGGAGAUGUCCUGCAGCGGGUGGGUCCAGAGGAGAAGCUGGGCCUGCCUGGCACAGACCCACAGAAAGAGCUGGUCUGACCACCAGGCACCUUGCUGGCACUGCUGACCCAUCCCAGGAAUACAAUCUCAGGGACCUGAGCGGCUCCAAGGAUGAGAGGAUACGGCAGACACUUAACCUAAUAGGGAGGACGCCUGCAGCCUUAACCUCCACGGCCUUCAGUAAUUACGCAAGCCUGGUGUGGCUCCUGUCCUCCAAGUCAUCCGGCUGUCAUGGCUUUUCCUGAAUGGAUUCACCUCUGGCAGCUGCUGCUUCAGUCUUGGCCUUAGCCUCAUCUUGAAGGAGGUAGCUGGUGGGAGUGGGUGUCUGUGCCCCCUGCUGGCCUCAAGGCCACAGAAUUGGGAACAGAACACCUCACUUGAGGUUUCUUUUUUCCUUUUUUUUUUUUUUAAUGUCCAAAUCAUGCACAUGCUGUAGUCCAGAAUCAAAGCACUUUUGAAAAGUGGCUGCAUGUCCAUCCUCCAGGGCCCGCGAAGCCACAUUCCAGGGGCCUGUUUACAUGGCAGCAGCAUCAGUCCCCAGCAGCCAGCCCAUGGCUGGGACUAAUCUGUCCCCCUCCUCCGAUCCAGUUUGCAAGUAUCCUUAGUUCUUGGAGGUAGGCAAGUCGUUGUAUUCCCACAGGCUUCUCCAGGCUGGAGGCAGGAGUGGGGCUGUGGAAUUCCAAAGCACAAAAGGUGCAGCGGGGCUUAGCCCUCCUGUGCCUCAACUUACCACCAACCAGCCUCCUGCCUUCUAGUUCUGCCAGGUGCUCCAUGCAGGGGACAGGAAUUGGGAGACUGCCAGGGCCCAAACGGGCGGGGGAGAAAGAACCAGAGGGGAGGUCCACAGGCUCUCUCUGUCCUCAGAGAGUGGGAGAACAGAAUAGAGAGUCACGUCAUCGGGCACUUGGCCCUGUUUUACUUGAUCAGGUUGGGGUGGGCGGGCACGACUCUUCAGAGGCAGGAGCCACAGGCCAUGGCAAAGCUGGGUUCCUUUCAGCUCGACAGGAAGUACUGAGGACAUGGAUGGAGGGGUGGGUCUGGCAGGGAAGAGCCUAUUUGGGCAGUGGGCCCAGACCCGGCCCUAUGGAUUUCAUCCUCUGACCUUUACUCUGCUCCGAGCACGUCCUUUCUGCAGCUGUCUUUCAGCACAGGUGGUUCCACUGGGGGGAGCUGACGCUGAGUGACAGGAUAGGAAGCCAAAUGUGCAUUCUAUUACAGACUCUUCCCUAGUCAAUGAGGGGGAACUCAGCGCUCCUAGGGGCGGGCUGGGUGGUUCCCCCCUAGACAUCAGCCUCCGCUACUGAUCUCUCCUCCAGGAAUUUUACUGACCUUUCCAUUUUCAACCUGUGCCACCUAUCUCGGUAAGCUGGUUUCCUCACUGGCCCCAGUGGCUCCACGGGGGUGGCCCUAGUGCCUCCUUCCACUGCAGCAUGGCUGUCACCAGGUCACUCUUUCUGUCUUGAUCCUCUUUCCUCAACAGUGACUCAGGCUUGAGCCAGGCAAGGGACCUUGCUUUUAGCUGCUUCUCCUCCACCCAGGAGAGAGGUUGACCCCCUCCCAGAAAAAGAGCUGGGAACACAGGGGAUGUGGUCUGAGAUCCCAGGUUCCUAUGGCCCUCUCUCACUAUUCUCUUCUCUCUGUAGCUAUAAACCAAUGUUCUUCCCUGCCCUUUGGGUAAUGGAGAGCUGCUGCUGGGUAUGUGCUGUGCCUGCCCAGUGAGUUGGGGAAAGAGGACAGUCAGUAAGCACUCCUCUGCUCAGAGCUCCUGACUCAACCCCCCGGGAACCGGGAACCAGGAACCAGGAACAGGCCAAAGCUUCCAUGACACCAGGCCCUGGCAGCAGCCUCGGAGCUGCUGGAGGUAGGAGGGAGCCCACCUUCUGUGUUUCUUUCCCUCCCCUCCCUAUGUUACUGGAGCCCCUUAUCUUCAGUUAGAUUCCUCUGAGCUUGUUUCCCCACUGGGUGGGACAGAGUAGAAAGGAGAAGGGAGGAUCUCCAAGAGGCAAUCCUUUUGUCCUCUUGGGUAAAUGAGCUUGACCUAGUGCACAUGGAGAGACCAAAAGCCUCUGAUUUUUAAUUUCCAUAAAAAUGUUAGUGUGUGUGUGUGUGUGUGUGUGUAUAUAUAUAUAUAUAUACACAUAUAUAUACACACACACACACACACACAUAUAUAUAUAUAUAUAUAUAUAUAUAUAUAUAUAUUUCUUUAAGUUUCUGAGUCUUUGAUAUGUCUAUACAAUCUAUUCCCUCUGCCCUGAAGCUGGAGUGAUACACAUGGAAAAAGCUCUGUGUGGGUUUCAUUCGAAGAUGUUAAUUAAUUAAAUGAUUCAAACUUG